CUACAAAUAAAUACCCCUCAAAAAAUAAAUAUCCCUCAAAACCAGCGCAUGAAUCCUCAAAACCAAACGAAUAAACUGCCAUCAGCGCCGAGCACCGUCGUCUACCUCGACUGCGGCAACCUUCUCCAGCUACCAUCCCUGCGUCCUGCUUCCCUCACGACCUCAACAUCGGCAGGAUGCGGUAGACCCGUGGGUGUCAAAUAACUCGCGCCGCAAUGACCCUUGCCAAUGGCCCGAGAUCCGCCGCCGCGCUUUACUCCUCCCUGCUCCAGAGCUUCAUCGGCUCCAACGCCUUCCGGGAAGGCAAGUCCGUGCACUGCCGGAUCAUCCUCGAGUCCUCCGCCUCGCCUCCGGACCUCCACCUCAGCACCAAGCUCGUCAUCUUCUACUCCCACUUCGGCGACGUCGCGGCCGCCCGCAGGGUGUUCUACGGAAUGCCGCACCGGAGCGUGGUGUCCUGGACGGCCAUGGUCUCCUCGUACACCAAGAACGGCCGGCCCCGGGAGGCGCUGGAGCUGUUCGCGCUCAUGCUCCGGUCCGGCACCAGGCCGAACCAAUUCACCUUCGGGAGCGCGGCUAGCGCGUGCUCGGGCGCCCGGUGCGCGAGGAGCGGGGAGCAGGUGCACGCGUGCGCGGCCAAAGGGAGGUUCGCGAGGGACAUGUUCGUGCAGAGCGCACUCAUGGACAUGCAUCUGCGGUGUGGGUCGGUGGCGGAUGCGAGUCGGCUGUUUGCAGAGACGGAGAGGAAGGACGUCGUGUCUUGGAAUGCCCUGAUCAGGGGGUUUGUGGAGCGCAGGCAUUACAGUGAUGCGCUUGGAUUGUUCUCAUUAAUGCUGAGAGAUGCAAUGCUGCCUGAUCAUUUCACAUUUGGAAGUGCUCUAAAGGCUUGUGGAGCAGUGAGUGCGCUUUCCAACGUGGAGCUAAUUCACAAUUGCAUCAUCAAGCUGGGUUAUUGGGAUGAAAAGGUUGUUACUUCACUUAUCGAUUCUUAUGCAAAAUGUCGGAGCUUGAGCAGUGCAAGGAUGAUAUACGACUCCAUGUGUGAACCAGACCUCAUGUCAUCUACUGCACUGAUCAAUGGGUACUCUAUGUAUAGAAACCACAGCGAAGAUGCAAUGAAGCUCUUCUGUAAGAUUUAUCGUGAUGGUUUAAGAAUUGAUGGUUUUCUGUUAAGUUCUUUGCUUGCCAUUUGUGCUAAUAUAGCAUCAAUAAAAUUCGGGGCACAAAUUCAUGCUUAUAUCUGCAAGAAGCAACUUAUGGGUGAUGCAGUAUUGGACAAUGCUCUAGUUGACAUGUAUGCAAAAGCUGGAGAAUUCUCAGAUGCCAGACGCGCUUUUGAUGAAAUGCCCCACCGAAAUGUGAUUUCUUGGACUUCACUUAUUACUGCCUAUGGGAAAAAUGGUUUUGGAGAAGAUGCUGUGACCCUUUUUGACAAGAUGGAGGAGGAUGGUGUAAAGCCGAAUGAGGUGACAUUCCUCGCCCUUCUGUCUGCAUGUAGUCACUCUGGUCUUCUGAACAAAGGGAUGGAGUAUUUCACUUCCAUGAUGAGCAAGUAUGGUAUCAAUCCAAGAGCGGAGCAUUACAGCACUGCUAUUGACCUUCUUGCUCGUGGAGGUCAGUUAGAAGAUGCAUGGAAGCUUGCUCAGAAGAUGAAUGCUGAACCCAACUCAUCAAUGUAUGGUGCAAUGCUUGGAGCUUGUAAAAUACAUGGAAAUGUGCCUCUAGGAGAAACUGCAGCCAAGAAUCUUUUCAGUAUGGAUCCUGAGAGUUCUGUAAACUAUGCUGUUCUUGCAAACAUGUAUGCAGAGUCAUGUUUAUGGGAAAAUGCUCGGAGGACCAGAAAAUUAUUGGUGGAAACAUCCAGAGGAAAAGAAGUUGCUUGCAGUGUCAUAUGAGAAGUCUAUGGUUGACAGAGACAAAAUUUCCUAGGUGAUGGUUAUCUGCCUAUAUAAAUGACAAGAAGAGUCUGGAAUCUGAAUAACCUUUCAACCAUGGUUCAGGAUCCCAGGUGAACAUGAGGCCUGACAUACAAGCCUCCUCAACUUGCAUAACUCUGAACUCACUCAUAACAACAGGGAACUUGCGACUUAUCAGCAGCCAUCAUGUUGGUUCACACAGCUUAUCCUUGACAUGGUCAAUUGUGCCAAAGCCUCAGAAACUGAGAUUAGGUAUCGAUUCCUUUUCAGAUGGUUAUCAUGGUGAGCCAUUCAGCAGAAUAGAAUCGCAGACCCUGCAUAGCACAAUUAUUUCAGCAACAUGCGAUGCAGUGUAUGUUCUGACACUACCAAUGCAGUUAAAGGCUCUCUGAUUACUUACUGCAUAUUUGUAUCCUACAAAAAAAGAUCCCUAAACAGUAAACAGAACAAAUACCCCAUGUCAUUCAAAAACACUUCAAACCUUGGAUUUCCAUCUGGCAGUACACAUUAUUGAAUUAAAAUGAAAAAUCUGGACGACUCCAGAAGACAACAAAUGUAGAAUGUAGGUCCUCAAUGGCUCUUGGUUAAAUAAUGGGACAACUUGAAAAACAAAGAAAAGGAACAAAGGUUCAUAAUCAUGUUCUUCCAAACGAAAACUAGACAAAAUAACUAAGGAAUCCGUAAACACAGUAGAUGAUUUAAAGAUACAAAGAUGCAAAUCACAAAUUGAACCAACAGUCGCAAUGCCAAGGAUAAGCUGUGUGAACUAACAAAUUAGGGUUGCUGUUCAGUGCUGACAUCCUGGAUGAAAUCCAGGAUCUGGUGGCAGGGGAUGCUCUUUUCCUUGGUUAAGUGGUAAGAACUAACAGAGCUAGUCUUUUCAUUUGUUCUUUAAGUAAGAGGUUAUAUUUUGGGAAACUGGCACGAAUUAGCUAAUUCAGUCCGACAAUGGUGGUAAAGGUUUGAAUUUCCUCAGUUUGCUAAUACUGCAUCGUUGUUGCUUGCAGUGAUGAGAGUUCAACUACUAGAAGAGUUCUUUCCUUUUCUUAUGUAACUGAUUACAGACCAGAGAGCCUUAAUUCGCCCUGUUCUGUUUUAAUUAGGCAGAGGAACUGGAUGAGACCGGUGAUGGGGUUAUGCUGUGGAUAAUUCCAAUCCCCCAACGGCCUUAUGGUGCUGUUCUGACCGUCUGGUGAAAGGCAUAUGUUGCCGACAAUUUUCCUCCAUUUUUGUUGAUACCGUUCACCAUUCAGAACUUGUUUCGGUUAUUCACACCGAGUGAUUUCUUAUGAGCGUGAAA